AUGCGUUUCUCGACUAUUCUCUCGGCAGCCGUGGCCACGGGCCCAAUCGUGGCGUCGGCCGCAGGUCAACUAGGAUUUGCGUUGGGUAACAAGAAGGCCGAUGGCAAUUGUAAGGAAUCGAGCGACUACGCGGCUGACUUCGCUGCUCUGUCGAAGGAGACGAGCGCCAAAGUCGUUCGUAUCUACGCUGCUUCCGACUGCGAUGUCGCGAAGCUGAUCCUACCUGCUGCUAAGACGGCUGGAUUCAAGGUUGUCCUGGGCAUCUGGCCCGACACAGAUGAAUCCUUCAAGGCUGACAAGGCAGCUGUCGUCGAGUUCGCACCAAAGUACAAGGACCAGGUAUACGCCAUUACCGUAGGCUCGGAAGCCAUGUACCGUGGCAAUUUGACGGGUCCGGAGCUUGUGUCCAAGAUCCAGGACGUCAAGUCAGCUGUGGGCAAGGGCUUCAAGAUCGGCACGGCCGACUCGUGGAACAAGUACGCAGAUGGUACGGCUGAUGCCCUUGCGGAAUCGGGUAGCGUGGACAUUAUGCUAUGCAACGCUUUCUCGUACUGGCAGGGUCAGGUGCUGUCGAACGCGACGGGCUCCUUCUACGAUGAUAUCUUCCAGGCGUUCGGCCACAUUCAGGAGAAGGCUGGCGGCACCGACAAGAUCGAACUCUGGGUCGGCGAGACAGGUUGGCCUACCGGCGGUGACAAGUACCAGAACGCGCAGCCCGGUGUCAAGCCCGCCUCGACCUUCUACAGCCAGGCCGUCUGCGGUAUGGUCGACUGGGGAUUCAACGUCUUCUUCUUCGAGGCUUUUGACGAGGCCUGGAAGCCCAAGGCUAUUGGUGAGGACGGCUCCGUCGCUGACGAGACCUCGUGGGGUGCCAUGACCGACGACCGGACACCCAAGUACAACCUCAAGUGCUAA